CGUGCGCGCUGGCUCGCAGUUUCCCGGGAGGAGGAGCGAGCGGCCGCUGGGGAAACAGCGGCUCCGCUCUCCCGGCAAGGGCGGCGGCAGCGGUGCUGGGCGGGGUCGGGCUCCGGGCUUGCGGCGCCGCUGCAGGGGCUGUGCGAAGCACGGUGGGGCUGCGAGGUGCCCGGGCCGUGCGCGCUGAGCCGACCUCCGCGGCCACUGCGCUGCUCACUCUGGGUGACGUCGCGCCGGGGUCUCCAGAAUGACCGAGCUACGGCAGAGAGCUGUCCGCGAGGACGCACCUCCGGAGGACAAGGAAUCAGAGUCUGAAGCAAAGCUAGAUGGAGAGACCGCAUCAGACAGCGAGAGCCGAGCGGAGGCAGCUCCCCCACCAACCUCCGUAGAUGACACCCCAGAGGUCCUCAACAGGGCUCUUUCCAACCUGUCCUCAAGGUGGAAGAACUGGUGGGUGAGAGGCAUCCUGACUUUGGCUAUGAUUGCCUUCUUCUUCAUUAUCAUUUACCUGGGACCAAUGGUUUUGAUGAUGAUUGUUAUGUGUGUUCAGAUUAAGUGCUUCCAUGAGAUAAUCACUAUUGGCUACAAUGUCUACCACUCCUACGACCUGCCCUGGUUCAGGACCCUCAGCUGGUACUUCCUCCUGUGUGUCAACUACUUCUUCUAUGGCGAGACAGUGACGGACUACUUCUUCACUCUGGUCCAGAGAGAGGAGCCUUUGCGGAUUCUCAGUAAAUACCACCGCUUCAUCUCCUUCACCCUCUAUCUGACAGGAUUCUGCAUGUUUGUACUGAGUCUAGUUAAGAAGCAUUAUCGGCUGCAGUUCUACAUGUUUGGCUGGACCCAUGUGACCUUGCUUAUUGUUGUAACGCAGUCACACCUUGUUAUCCAUAACUUGUUUGAAGGAAUGAUAUGGUUUAUUGUUCCCAUUUCAUGUGUCAUCUGCAAUGAUAUCAUGGCCUAUAUGUUUGGCUUUUUCUUUGGUCGGACCCCACUCAUUAAGCUGUCUCCAAAGAAGACCUGGGAAGGCUUCAUUGGUGGCUUCUUUGCUACGGUGCUGUUUGGCCUUCUGCUCUCCUAUGUGAUGUCUGGGUACAGAUGCUUUGUCUGUCCUGUGGAAUACAACAACGACACCAACAGCUUCACUGUGGACUGCGAGCCAUCUGACCUGUUCCGCCUGCAGGAGUACAACAUUCCUGGGGUGAUCCAGUCGGUCGUUGGCUGGAAAACGGUGAGGAUGUACCCUUUCCAGAUCCACAGCAUCGCCCUCUCCACCUUCGCCUCGCUCAUCGGCCCGUUCGGAGGCUUCUUCGCCAGUGGAUUCAAACGAGCCUUUAAAAUCAAAGACUUUGCCAACACCAUUCCUGGGCACGGGGGCAUCAUGGAUCGCUUCGACUGCCAGUACCUGAUGGCCACCUUUGUCAACGUGUACAUCGCCAGCUUCAUCAGGGGUCCAAACCCGAGCAAACUGAUCCAGCAGUUUCUGACGUUGCGGCCGGACCAACAGCUUCACAUCUUCAACACGCUCAAGUCUCACCUGACUGACAAGGGGAUUCUGACGGCCUCCUUGGAAGACGAGUAGAGUCGCCGAGGGCUGGGAGAGACGGACAGGAUAGAGCGAGCGGGGCAGGUUGCUGUGGCCGCCUCGCUGCUGUGACUUAGAUAAUGAAAAGCUUCAACUCACCGUCUUUUUUUCCUUUUUAAUUUGUGGUUUGUUUUUUAAUCUGUAUAUACUGUCUGUUUAUAAUGUGGGCUGUGAGUAAGCUGUAGCUUUGAGUUGCAAACAAGUCACAGGAAAGAACCAUUUGGGUUUCUUAAGUCCAGGUAUUGAACAACACGAAGGCCGUGCUGCCCAGCUCAGGGUGUCUGCUUGGUGGGGUUCUCCCUGGCCAUCCAGUUGUUUCUGGGCUGUAUGAGAGAUCAUACAUUCAUCUGCGUCUGACUAGUUGCGGACUUUCCCUCCUGGACGGGGCGUCAUGGCUAUCUUGCUUUUGCUGUCCGUGACACUGUUCGUUGGGGCUUCUGCGGGCAUCUAUUGGGGAGCAGUGGAGGGCUGCCUUCUGUAGAACUGUGGAGAGAUGCGUACUGCUCAGGUGAGCGUCUUGUCCAGGCCAAAAUUCUGCAGAGGGCACGCGAGCUUGGCUUGUAGUUUGCUUUCACCGUACAGACUGAAAGAAGAUUUCAGAUUUCUUUUUCUCAGAAAGCAUGAAGACUUUAUGAAGUUCGGAAAAGAAGCCCCUGCUGUAAUAUACCAGAUGUAUUCAGCAGAGCGCACUGUCCUGGCCCUUUCUGCGCCAGUGAGGCGCAGUGGCCUCUGGAGGGAGGUCCUACAGACCACAGCUUUUAGAGCUGAGGCCAUCGUGAUUGUGCUGUGGGUUUGCUGCUGUGCUGAGUUCUUCUGGGGGAGCCCUGAGAGGUGGGGAGCAGAGGGCUUUUGCUCACACACCAUUUGCCUGGAAGCCCACUUGUGUUGCUGCUGUGUUUUGUAUAUAGUACUCUUGAAGUGAGCAUAUGUGUGUCUGUUUAAAAGUCACCUUGUUUCCUUCAUGAUUUCAGUCAUACCCGAAUGUCCUGAGAGUCCCUAUGCCCUGCUUAGAACCAUGGCCAGCCCAAUCUGUCAGGAGGCUUGGCUCUUCUCAAGACUCAUUGUACACUUCUUACGGACUGUGACCAGUGUAGAUGUAGUUUGUACCUGGGGAUCUUCUGCUGUUGUUCAUGUAAGCUGUGAUGAUUCCUUCCCUUCCUAAUCAUAAGUCGAGAUUGACAUGGUGAGGAGCGGUUGGCAGGGAAGGAACGUGGUCCCCAAGAGUGUCACCCACGGCCUGCCUCGGCGUGCCCGCUGCUGAGGAGGCUGUAGUGGCUUGCUCAAGCACUGGGAUCUCUGCUUAUUUGUUUUCAGAUAAACCUUCCUGUGGCCUCCCACCCUCCUGAGAGUCCAGUGUGCACAUAGGGGCAGGGCGGGGCGGGGCAGGGUGGGCCAGGGGCGGGGCAGCUCCCUGGCUCAGCCUUGACGUCCUCGCCAGCCUUGUGGCUAUUUGUUCCCAGCUCCCAGGCUGCACUGAGCACAAGGCUGCUGCCUUCUGUCUGGUUCUGCCGUGUGGCCCUGAGUGGGAGGUUUGCCCUUACAUUCUCCUCUGGUUUGUCCUCCAAGUUCACCAAUUCCGAAACUCUGUGGAGAGUUCCUGUCACUAGCUGCCCCCUGUUGCUAUUAAGUCAUGUCAUGGGCACCCAAAAAAGGAAAUACACUGAAGUAUAUUUUACAAUCGCUCUUGAAGAUUCUCAGUGGUGAUUAGGAGUGACGCUGCACUCUUCAGGUACAGAAGGGCACAGCACUCCCCAGCAGCCAAGACUCACUCUUGGUUGGCAGCAGCUGAGCCUUGAGGAAGCUGGUGUCCUGAAACCCUGAACCCAGUGCUCACGGAGCUGCCAGCCACAGGUCUUCAUUCUUUUCUGAGUCCCCCAGUCUUGUGAAAGAGGAGAAUUUCCCAGUCGGGUAGCCAGGAGAUCAGUGCCACCCUGUGAUGGCACGGCAUGGUGUCUGCCCAGAGGCUGCUUUCUCAGCACUGCAGAUCUCAGUGGUUCACAUAACUUGCUUUACAUUUAUUUUGUUUUGUCAGAAAUAAAGUGUUUGUGCCUUUCCUUGUCAUGAGUUCCGUGUUUGUCACUUUGAUGCAUGGCUUUAUGUUUCCUGCUUUGUGUGAGCAUAAACACUGUGCGGUUUCACUGUUGGCCAGCUUGUAUGCUGUCUGUUCAUCACAGUCUUCUGAGGUAUCUCAGGUGGGAGCCAGGGGGUGGAACCAGAAAGUUCCCCAUCUCAAAGUGUGCCUGUAGGACAGGGUUAGCUACUCCCUGACCCGACACCGGAAAUACUGCAGUGUUCCUUCCUGUAGGCCAUGGAGCCCUGACCAGGCCAGGCCUGGGCACUGCUUAGAUGGCUGUUAGCUUAGAACUGGUGGAAUAAGGACUUGGUGAACAGUGGGGUCCCAGAAACCAGGCUGACGUGAGAACAAGCCAGGGUGUCUUCUGGUGAGUUCUACUCAUGGUCGUUCUCAGGAAAACUGAGCCUUCCCUUUGUUUGUAUGCUUCUCACCCUCUUAACCGUUCAGUGUCAGAAAGGUUAAUAUUUAUAUGUUCUGAAAGUGAAGUUCUGUAAGGAAGGUGGGAAGGUGUGCACAGGGAGCAUGUACACACACACACACACACACACACACACACACACACGCAUGCGCGCGCGCACACACACACACACAGCCUAUUUCACAUUAUCAGACUUUUAGGUUUUGCUUUAUAACCACAUUUAAAAUAUAUUUAUUCUUAGUGUACUGUAGUGUGUGUGAGAACCAUCAGAGGUGAAAUGAAACAUAGAACCGUACAGAGGCGGACCGCGAAAACAGUGUUAUGGGAUUUUGUCCCUGCUUGCUUUCGCCUUGUCGCCUGGUCUACAGUCUACAAGAGAACUUGAGCGGUACAUUUCAAGAGGAUCAACAAGGACCUUAUGCUGGGCUAACUGUUGGGUUGGCAGGAGCCUGCUCUGAAGAGCUUCCUCCAUUCGCCGAGUCUGUGGCAAGCCGAGGUCAGUCCUUGCUGUUGAUGGAGCGGGGAGGAGGACUCACCUCAGGACAGAGCAUCUCACACGCAGUUCUCUGUGGCAGUCCGUGCUCCUCGUGGGGGCACCUGAGGCAGAUUCCCAGGGAAGCCGAUUGCUCACUACCAGUGUGGGAUGUCACAACUAAAACUUGUUGUGUUAGUAACAUGUAAGGCCAUGUUGUCCUUGUCUUUUAGAGUAGUUCCUGGCGGUGCCUCCCACUCCUGCCUGCUGGGCAUGUGUGCAUACUGCAGCUCCUUCCGUGUACAGCCAGGGUUCUCGUCCUUUCCAGGUCAGGAUGAGAAGAACGCCUAAGAGAGGAUGAACAGGUGGCUGGCGUAGGUACAGUAGGAGGUAGUCAGCUGCGGGUGCACAGGGCUCCCGCGAGCGCCCAGAGGCACUGUGAGCUGCUGGAGAGGAGGCUAAUGGUUGGGCAGAGCUCUAGAGCCCUCCUCAGCUUAGAAACACCCUUUCCUCUUCCCACUCUCCCCACAGUUGCUCAGCACCCUGUUUUUAAAGAGUGUUAGCUUCUGCUUCCUGAUUCGGUUUCUUUGUUGAAUGGGCAGCUUCCAGGAGGUGCUGGGGUUUGGGCCAAGGGGCAGAGGAGGGAUCUUACUUGAGGACUUCGCUGGGCUCAUCUGCUGUGUCCUGGGUUGUCCCCACUCCCAUUCUUGCAGGGUGAGCCCCUGCUUAGGAGGAUGCGGUCCACCUUUCUGUCCACUCUAGCCUCCCUCUUCAGGUUGAUGUAGUGACCUCACGGGGGGCUCUGUGCUGUCCUGUGGGUGGAGGCUGUGAUCAUUGGGCUGCUUGGGCAAGUCAUUCUCUUAUUUUUUUCCCCGAAGGUCAAAAGACCCUGGUGCUGGGGGCACUUUAGAGGGUGUGCUUUGGAUGCUGACGUGAUAGGACUUUAGGACAUAGGGAUAAUGUUGAGACUGCAAGGGCAGAAUAUGCGAAAGCCAGAGUUCUAUGGCUAGUGAUCCUCAGAUCCAGUGGCUCUUUGAAGACCCUGUCUCCGCUUCUCCCUUUAUCAGGUGACUGUCUGCUUGGCUCUUUAUCUAAUUCUUCAGCUGAUGAAGUAGAAACAGUGUGCUAUUAAUGAUUGCACUCAUACAGUGCUUAAUAUGUGCCAGACACAGCGCCGAGGGUUUGCAUGCAUUAUCUCCUUCAAUCCAGAAGAAGCUCUGGCUAGGUGGUAUCAUCCCAUCGUACAGGCAGGAAAACUCAAGUUCCGUGCUAGAGAUUGAGAACAGUGUCAAGACGACAGACGUUGAGGCUUGGGUAGUGCUGUGCCUGGUCAGGUUCUAGGCUGCGGGCAGCCUUCACUUCCAGUCAGCUGCUGUGAGGAUUUAAGGAGCUAAUCAUGGAAGCCUUUGGCGAGGUGCCUUGGCACAUAGUAAGCACUCAAUAAACGGUAGUUGUUUUUAUUCUGUUGUUUUAAACUGAGCUCGGCGAGCAGUUUGGCCCACACUGAUGGGCUGCCGGGCAUUCAAGCACCACAUUCACGCUGCCUGGACCUAGUUUGGUAUUCGUGUCCUGUGAAGUGACCACACCGUCCUCUCAAGAGAAGCACUUCAGUGGUCCAGUGGUAAGAGCCCUGUGCAGUGCCCUGCUGUUUCCUGUAGCACUGAGGCCAGCCUGACUGAGGGGUGAUGCAAGGCUGUUUGGCGCUUCUGUUCUUUCUUCCCCCACCCCCCGCCCCCCACCCCCGUGGUCGAGGCUGCCCACAGGAAGAAGGCAGUUUGCUCUGGCUUGGUGGAGCCUGUGCUGGGCAGCCAGGGCCUGUCUUGCUUCUGACCCUGCUUUCCCCAGCCAAGUUCUGUAGUUCUGUUGUACGUCUCAGGAACCCUUGGUUCCUCCACAAAUGGAUAAUUUCAGAAUAGAACAGGAUAAAGAAAAUAAGCCUGAAGCUGAGGGCAUCAGCCUGAAGCCUAAAACCUCUGCCUGUGCUCUGACAGCACAACCAUUCCACCUCUUCUGUCCGUCCGUCCGUCCAUCUGUCCGUCUGUCUGUCUGGGUUGUUUUGUUUUGUUGUUGUUUUGAGACAGGGUUUCUUUGUGUGUAGCCUUAGCUGUUCUGGAACUUGCUUUGAAGACCAGGCUGCCCUCGAACUCUGAGAUCUGCCUGCCUCUGCUUCCCAAGUACUGGGAUUAAAGGCAUGUGCCACUACCACCUGGGUUUUCUUUUUUUAAAAGAACAGGUUAGAACAAGUGACCAUUGAAGACAGGUGAUGUGAAUGUUCUAGGUUAGCAAAGAAUCACAUAGAUUGUUAAUCAUGAAUGGAGAAAUGUUUAAUUCAGUUUUUUGAAUGGACACUGGACAUUGUGUGUGUGUGUGUGUGUGUGUGUGUGUCUGUGUGUGUGUUCUUCACCUUGAUUGAGUGGCAUUGGCUAACACGACCCAGGAGAUUCCCACACUCUGUUAGUAACUAGGAACCUGUUCCAGCUGUGGAGUGUCCCAGAUGUUAAUGAGACAUGCAGGCCUAUUGCUGGAGUUCAGAUACUGCAGCUCUUCCUGUUUCUCUGCACUUGUGUUUGGCAGCCCCGCCCCUCCUUUGUCCUGCCGGUCUGAUGGACUGAUCGAUCGAUCGAUCGGGCAGUCUGUUAACUGGAGGCCCUGGGGUGCUGCUCUCCCAGACCUGGCCAGGCCCAGCUCCGUAGCUCCUGGGUGACUUGCUGUGAGUUCCCUGAGUACAGUGUUAGAAGACCUAACCACACGGCCAGCUGCCCUAAGUGACAUUGUGUUUUUAGGUGUCACCUUCUCAGCCCUCUCUUUCCUUACUAGAACACCUUUUCCUCACUCACUAGGUUUGUGUUCUGGUUCUACUGGCUUUUCUCAAAGGAACACCCGAGGUAGAAAGGGGUAAGGAUGGUUUUCCAGUGAGUUGAAUGUGCACUCGUUAUGAGAGCCCUUUGUCUGAGCUUUCUGCUCGUUCCUUGGUUUGUCUUGGGGCACACUGUGGAGGUUUCUAGGGCUGAAUAUAAAAGGGAGAGAGUGGAGACGAGAGAGGCACUCAGAUGCUGGAGGCCGCAGUUCUUUGUCCAGCUCGGUGACGGCAACGGGACCCAGAGCAGGGAAAGGGGUUCAGAGUCACACAACCAAAGGUAGACUCAGACCAGCUCAGUGCUCCUGGUGGCCAUAGGGACCAGAAAACACCUUAGGAAAUCUAUCCAUCCAUCCUGGAGUUGAGGGGAGCUCAUUGGCCCCUUCUAGAGUCUGUGUGAACCCAACUCUACUGAAGUUUAAACACCUUCCAGACAGCAGCAGGGAUCAUAGUGGCAGACUGAGCAGAGCGCCCCAGGCAGUUCCUCAGGCUCGUCCGUUGUGUGGAGGGAAUGCUGAACUCAGUUAUCUCUCAGCGCCUGGCUGCUUCCCUGCCCUCAGACCUGGGCUCUGGGCCUCAGCACCUGGCUGUGGAAUCCGUGUGACAGUCCUUGGGGCUCCCCAGACGGGCAUGUGCAAGGGUGUUCUGUCAUGCCGCCUCUCAGCCGGGGCUUCCCCAGUCAGUGUUUUUACCACGUCCGACCUUUCUCUCUGCACUUAGGAUUGGUGUUCAACACACUUGUAGAUUUCUUUCAACACAGUAUAAGAAUGUGAUAUAUUGUAUAUUGGAAAGUAUUUACCUUAUUUAUAUACCUGAAUGUUCCUAUUAAACAGAUAAACAUAUACUAAAUUCUA